AAACAUUUUUAAAUACUGACAAAUAUUUAAACUCCCAUCAGUUUUAUAGAAUUUACUAUGAAUAUUUAGAGGGAAAGUGCCAUGUGGUGAGCUCAGAGGUCUGCACAUGGCUUCACGAACUUCUAAGCUUCAAACGAGUAGGGUUUUAGGUUUCCGAGAGAAUCAUCAGUUGCAGAGGAAACAGCAAACACUAAUCUCAUUGGUGGCCAUUUUUCUAAUCAAAAAUAAUCGUCACACUUAUGGAGAAUUGUGUGUAAACUUGUCUGAGUUCGGAUCAUCUUUAGUAUAUCAAAAAGGUUUCAUUUCAUUUUUAUUUCUUCACCACUUCAAAUUCUAUGUAUUUAUAUAUCUUUCACACCACACAUCUCUCUCAACACAGUAGAAUCUGUUUUUGUAUCUUUUUUUUUCCUCUCCUCCUGAAUCUUGCACAAUCAAUCGAAAACCCUAUCUUUAUAUUUUUAAAAUUCGACUCUUUUCCUUUCCUUUUCUUGAAUAUACGAGUCUGAAUAGCAUAGUAGCAGAUCAGAUGAAUUCUUGUUGUUGUUCACUUAGCUACACAUGGAUCGUUUCCUUUUUAAUCCCCAUUUUCAGUUUUGCUCAUGGGCAUUUCACUAUGUCUAUCAUCACGACGUUAGUUUUGGUUUCUUCUGCAUUUUUGUUCUUGAUACACUCUAAGCACAACUUACAAGUUCUUGAGCAGCAAGAGAAACAACCCUUCCAAGAAGAUGAUCAGAAUGAUGUGAAUCAAGUUACAGAAGCCGUAAAGAAAGGGUGUUUUGAUGUGGGUUCACCGGAUUCUUGCUCUGAGAGUGAAGUCAUUGAUCAGUUCUCAUGUACAACCGAAGAAGAUUCCGACUUUGAUGGCUGGCAAUUUUCCGGCGAGGUAUACCGGAGACCUGACUGCUCUGACGGCUCCAUAUCCGACGAGGAGAGCUUAAUUGAAAUUGCACUCCCCGGUGGCCACUAUGUUGGCUACCAAGAUGUGGAAGAACCCAAGUUUUGUUGUCGGCAGAGGUCACCGGAAUCUGUAUUGUGGUGGCCGGAGAUGAAUGAGGAAGAAAAUAUGAUAGAAAUUGACUUAUCUGUGGGGUCAAUUAAGUGCUCAAGAUUUGAAAUUAAAGCGUGAGUAGUUAACAUUUCAUGAUGAUGAAGGUUUUUUAUAAUCCUUAAUGGAUUUGUUGUAUCCCUUCAACUAUUUUUCUUCUGAUUAUUGUUAUUGUAAUAACAUAAAUUUUAGAUUAUGUUUAUAUAUACUGAUUUCGAUAA